AUGAUCGUACAGGUUAUACUUCUAUCCGGCAGAUCUGAUGUCGAACACCUAAAAAUCCAUGGUAUCCCUCAUGCCCAUAUCGAUGGAGACAAUCUAGAUAUGGUAUAUCCCGAAGAGGAGGGCCCCGAUUUGCUACUUCUCAACCUUGAAUCUAUGUUCGGAAAUUAUUAUCGCCGCCGAGGGAUGCAGCAGACUCAUCCUAUUCGGGAACUGCAAUGGCUCUGGAGUAUGAAUCUAUCCAAAAUACUCUCCAAGCUGUCAUCCAAGAUUCUCUCCAAUUCCCGCGGGAGAGAGAACCUGCUAUUGAUCUCAGGGGUUCAUUUUGAAGCCACCGACAAUACAGCCUCAGAGAGGCUACGAAAAAGAGAGAUAGGCAGUUUACUGGAUCAUCAUUUGGCGAGUGGCCUCCGAAUGGCAUCGGUACUGGAGAACGAGGUUGGGGGAUGGGCUUGCCGAAUUUCAACGGACGGUCGGACCGUGAAGGACAUUGCGGCGCAAAUUUUGGAGCAAGCAAACUGGGUCUAG